CCAGAGAAGUAAAGAAAAGCAAAAGAGGGGCAGAAAUAGCAGUAGAGGAGAAGAAGAUGAACUAGUGUUGCGAAUGUGGAAGCAAAUCAGAGACAGAGAAUCAGGCAAAUUGCGACCUAACCAUUUCACCAAUCGCGUUUCCUCCAAUCGCGUUUCUCAUCUCCAAUUAUCCAAUCACAAAGACCUCAUCUCCCCUCACAAAGGCGCAAUCAACUCCCUUCAGAUUGAUUUGACAGAAGGAAGAUACUUGUUGUCUGCUGCUUCCGAUGCAUCUGUGGCGGUUUACGACGUUCAACGCCCUAGCGAGUAUGAAGCCGGUGGUGCCAUAGCGAAGCACAGGUGUAUAUUUGUUAUUGAUAAACAGCAUCAAUUGGCUCAUAAGUAUGCGGUGUCUUCUGCUAUUUGGUAUCCCAUUGAUACUGGCUUGUUCGUCACUGGCUCAUAUGAUCAUCAUGUUAAUGUUUGGGACACUAACACCACCCAGGUGGUGGUGAAUUUCAAAAUGCCUGGAAAGGUUUAUAGGACUGCCAUGUCCACUUUGUCAACAUCUCACAUGCUUAUUGCUUCUGCAACUGAGGAUGUUCAGGUUCGCCUUUGUGACAUUGCUACCGGGGCGUUUACUCACACUUUGUCUGGUCAUCGUGAUGGAGUAAUGUCUGUUGAAUGGUCGGCUUCAAGUGAAUGGGUCUUAAUUACUGGGGGAUUGGACGGUGCAAUACGUUUCUGGGAUAUCAGGCGUGCUGGGUGUUUCCAAGUUCUAGAUCAAUCUCGGACUCAGCUUGGAAGACGUCCAUCUAUACUCAAACACUCCAUGAUAACGAAGGAUUCAAGCACCAAAAAUCGUGCUGUGCAGAAGAAACAUGCUAAUGGAAGUGGUAGCAGACAACCGCCAAUUGGUAGAGUUCCAUCUAGGGGACCAAUGAAGCAGAGAUUACAUCCAGGAAUGCUGUCCACUCAGGAUCGUGCAACUGCUCAUUAUGGUGCUGUGACAGGGUUAAAAGUAACAGAGGAUGGCAUGUAUCUCUUAAGUGCAGGGUCUGAUUCAAGAUUGAGGUUGUGGGAUGUGGAAUCUGGCUGUGAUACACUUGUGAACUUCGAAACUGUCCGCUUGCAAACAAACAAACCUAUUCAAUUAGCCACGACUCAAGACUCAACCCCUGUUUUCGUUCCCUGCAUGAGAGCUGUGAAAGCAUUUGAUAUGUGGUCUGGGAAUGCGCACACAAUACUACGUGGCCACUAUGAAUGUGUGAACUCGUGCUGGUUUAAUCAACAAGAUCAGGAAUUAUACACUGGUGGAAAUGAUAGGCAAAUUCUUGUCUGGUCACCUGCUAGAUCAAUUGCUGAUGAAAUUGAGGAAGGAGCUGCCGAGGAUGAGGAUACCUGGAGUAGCUAAGUUUUGCCUUUGAUUGAAUCACAUCUUUUCCUUGUUUGGCACCUUUGCCACUUGUGUCAAAUGUUUGUGGGAUUUGUAAAUGAAGGCAUGUUCUGGUUUUGGAGAAUAUAUGAAAUGCUUAAAGGUGCUGCAGAACUGUAUACUAGUAGCUCAUUGCUUUUGUAUAUAGUUUUUUUUCCUUUAUAUUUUAUAUUUAAUCAGUGUAUAAAUGUUGAAUUGAUCUCUGUCCUGUUAGUUAUAGCAUAAACACUUCUUUAGGAAUGCUUUGCUAUAUCAGGUUGUAUAUAUAUGUGCGGACUCGAAUGCAAUGGUAAUUUACCUUUCAGUUUCA